AAAACAAUUUCUCUGACUUUAUUUCUUUGGUUUGAUUUUCCCGACAGAAGGGUCAAAUCGUUCGACCCUUCUCUCCCAGCCUGUGCCUUCGCCCAUGCCCACUUGUUCGAGUAUCUUACUGGUUCCAUUCUCCAACAUAAUAGUAGGUGUCUACUGAGUGACCACCUUAUGGCUUGAUCUGCCUCUCAAGUCUGAAAUGAUCAAACCCAAUGUAAACCAUGGUCCUCUCUAUACCACUCUCUAGUCCCCUCCCCUCCAUUUCUACUACUGAAAACGAGUCAAAGGUUUUCCAGCCCCUCUGAAAACAUGAUCCAUCGUCUUCUUCUCCUUCAUUCUCUCCUGCUGCUUCUCUGCUUUGCAACCUUAGCUCUCGGGGCUAACCGGUUAGCACCCGACGAAGUACAAGCUUUGAAGGACAUCGCCAAGACACUGGGGAAGACCGACUGGAAUUUCAGCGCUGAUCCAUGCAGCGGCGAAUAUGGCUGGAUAACUCAGGCGGACAGAUAUUCGGCCAACAACGUCACCUGCGGCAACUGUACCAUUUCCGAUUCGGCCAACGCCACCAGUAGUACUGAUCGGAUCUGCCAUGUUGUUAGCAUACUCCUGAGAGCUCAGAAUUUGCCUGGAACACUUCCGGCAGAGUUGGCCAGGCUUCCCUAUCUCCAACAAAUUGACCUCGCUCGGAACUAUCUUAAUGGAACUAUCCCUCCAGAAUGGGGCUCCCUACCAGUACUAGUUAACAUUUCUCUUGUUGGAAACCGAUUGACAGGUUCUAUCCCCAUUGAGCUUGCAAAUAUCACCACCCUAAAAAGUUUGACCAUGGAUUUCAAUAAUUUCUCUGGAGGUCUUCCUUGGGAACUUGGACUUUUGCCAAGCAUUGAAACACUCAUUCUUACCUCGAACAAUUUUACUGGGGAAUUGCCGGAUACAUUUGCAAAGCUUACCAAAUUAAAGGACUUUCGGAUUACUGACAAUUCUUUUUCUGGGAAGAUACCAAGUUACAUUCAAAAAUGGACAAACCUUAAGAAACUAGGGAUUCAAGCUACUGGUUUGACGGGACCAAUUCCUUCUGGAAUAUCUCUAUUGACAAGUUUAACUGACCUGAGAAUUACUGACUUGAAUGGACCUGAAUCAUCUUUUCCUCAACUUGAGAAUAUGAAAAACUUGAAAACACUGAUGUUGAGGAGUUGCAGUAUUAAUGGACAGCUACCGGAAUAUUUUUCCAGCUUGACAGAGUUGACAGCUUUGGACCUCAGCUUCAACAAGCUAACUGGAACAGUUCCAAAAGGCUUUGUUGCUCCAACAAAUAAUUUGGAUUACAUAUUUUUAACUGGAAAUUUGCUGAACGGAACCGAGCCUCUGUGGAUGGUAGGAGAAAAUGUGGAUCUUUCAUAUAACAAUUUUACAAUCACCCCAGGGACUGUAAAUUGUCAGCCACAAGCUGGCUGGAACUUGUUUGCAGGCUCUUCAAAAAGCAACAGUUCAGCUGUUUCGUGUUUGAUCAAUAAAACUACUACAUGUUCAAAGAGUUGGUAUUCUCUCAAUAUAAAUUGUGGAGGAAGUGCAGUAACAGUUAAUGGAACAGAAUACGAUGAAGAUACAGUUGCAAAUGGACCUUCAUCAUUUUACACGAGCAGCACGAAUUGGGCGUCAAGCAGCACUGGUUACUUCCCUGAUGAUGACAGUUCUACUGACCACUUUACCUGGUCUACUAAAUCAUCUAGACUCUCCAUGGCCGAUGCUCAACUAUACAUGAAUGCACGCCUUUCUCCCAUCUCUCUAACUUAUUAUGGGUUUUGUCUGCUAAAUGGAAACUACACUGUAAACCUCCACUUUGCAGAGAUAGUGUUUACAAAUGGUCCAGCAUAUAGCAGCUUGGGAAGGCGGAUAUUUGAUGUUUACAUUCAGGGCAUACGAGUUCUGCAGGAUUUUAAUAUUGCAGAUGAGGCGGGCGGGGCUGGUAAGGCAAUCAUUAAAAACUAUACUGCUGCUGUAACUACUAAUACGCUGGAGAUCCGUUUCUUUUGGGCUGGGAAAGGAACCACAGGCAUCCCUGUCAGAGGAGUUUAUGGUCCUCUUGUCUCUGCCAUAUCUGUAGUUCCAGCAGACUUCAAACCCCCGGCAGAAACCCCAUCAGGAGCCGAAUCAAAGAGUUUAUCUACAGGUGCAGUGGUUGGAAUUAUGGCUGCAGGGGGGAUAUUAGUUCUAUUGCUGAUUUUCGGUUAUCUUUGGUGGAAAGGAUAUUUAAUUCAGGAAAGGACUUUGGAGCAAGAGUUGAAAGGUAUUGACCUGCAAACGGGUAAAUUUAGCUUGAGACAAAUUGAAGAUGCCACAAAAAAGUUUGACAUAGCCAACAAGAUUGGAGAAGGCGGUUUUGGUCCUGUUUACAAGGGCCUAUUGUCAGAUGGCACCUUAAUUGCUAUUAAGCAGCUUUCUGCCAAAUCAAAGCAAGGAAAUCGCGAAUUUUUGAAUGAGAUUGGCAUGAUAUCUGCUCUGCAACACCCUCGUCUCGUCAAGCUCCAUGGAUGCUGCAUUGAGGGAAAUCAGUUAUUACUUGUCUACGAGUACAUGGAAAAUAACAGUCUUGGACGUGCUCUGUUGGGUGCAAAAGAAACUCAGUUGAAGCUAGAUUGGCCAACAAGGCACAAAAUUUGUGUUGGUAUAGCAAAAGGUUUGGCUUAUCUCCAUGAAGAAUCACGGUUGAAGAUUGUUCAUAGAGACAUCAAAGCUACCAAUGUGCUGCUCGAUAAAAAUCUUGACCCAAAGAUAUCUGACUUUGGCCUAGCCAAGCUUAAUGAAGAUGAUAAUACCCAUAUAAGCACUAGGAUUGCUGGAACUCGUGGAUAUAUGGCGCCUGAAUAUGCAAUGCGGGGAUAUCUAACUGAUAAAGCAGACGUGUAUAGUUUUGGAAUUCUCGUAUUGGAAAUAGUCAGUGGAAGGGGCAAUACAUUUUGCCGUUCCAAGGAAGAGUGCUUUUACAUUCUUGAUUGGGCAAUUCAUCUACAAGAGAAAUCAAGUUUGCUAGACCUGGUCGAUCCAAGGUUGGAGUCAGAUUAUAACAAAAAAGACAUGAUGACUACCAUCAAUGUGGCUCUCCUAUGCUGUAAUAACACUGCAUCACUUAGGCCAGCCAUGUCUUCGGUGGUGAAAAUGCUUAAAGGCAAGGCUCGUGUUGAGGACUAUGUCUUGGAAUCAAGUGCCUCAUCUCAUGAGAUCAAUGAAAUGAAGAAACAUUUUGAAUCCAGUUACUCAUUGGAGGCCAUGGCCCGUGAGAGUACUCAAAAUGACAUCAGUACAAGAUCUCUAUCCAAUCAAUCCUCAUUCAGGUUGCUGGAUGAACACAGUAAUUUAAGACCUUAGAAAAUUCUCCUUGUGUAGCUAAGCCCUUGUCUCAAACAAACAUAGAUACAAACCAUUUCUACAUCCUAUUGUACCUUAAUGAAAACAUUGGAGUUUCUCCAGCUUAAUUAUACUAAUUGGAAUUUGUAAAAUCAAUUGUUCA